CAAAACAAAUUCAAAUUUAAACUAAACAUUACAAAUUCGUCAAUUAACUCUGAAAACAAACAAACUGUUGACAGUUUUGGCAUAAUAAGUUUUGAAUUUUUUACUAUAAACAAAUUAGUCAUACUAAAAUAUCAGAUACACUAUACAGUCACUUCAAUUAUUGUGUACUAAAGAUGAACUAAAUUUUCAAUGUUGGUGUUUGUUACUGCCAAUGUUAACUAACAUUUCUGUCUUCUCACUUCUGUCUGAUUCACACGACCAAACCAACACAAUAUGGCAGUUCCUUCACGUAGGAGGCUGAAUGUUAGUGGGUUUUUAUUUUAUCCUUAGUGAUUUUCGAAGUCGACUGUAACAUUUUUCUGUGCAGAUGUCUACUAUUUACUGAUUGCAUGUAGCUGUAAUGGGUGCUAAGGCGAGUACAGCAAAUAGUGAUGAGUCAAAUACACGAGACAGAACUUUUUCAACAAGCAGUGGUUCAGAUGUUGUAGCAGGAAGCACAGGAUUUAGUUUACUUCGGUCUAUCCCAAGUGUUGUGUCAAGUGAUAGACAAAGGGCACGAUCUCUUUCAAGUGUCCCUGAUGGACAUGAUUCAAUCGGAAUCCAAAAUUCCAGUGAUGGAGCUUUUGAUAUAUCUGAAUCUCAAGAAACUGACAGUAGUUCCACCGAGGAUCAUGGAUUGGAUAGUCCCUUAGCCAACAUAAGUCUUGGGAGGGUAUAUGCUGCCCAUUCCUUACCUUCACAUAUUUUUUCAUGGAAUGGAAUCAAGUGCCCGGUCUGCUCCAAGUUUGUGUUGCCAGACGACAUAGAAUGUCACCUUGUAAUGUGCCUAACCAAGCCUAGACUGAUAUAUAAUGAGGAUGUGCUGAGUGAUGACAAGGGCGAGUGUGUGAUCUGCCUGGAGGAGUUGACACAAGGGGACACCAUCGCCAGGCUACCGUGUCUCUGUAUCUACCACAAGAGUUGCAUCGACAGAUGGUUCGAGGUGAACCGCUCCUGCCCUGAGCACCCCGGGGACUAACACGCCGCCACACAUGACCACUUCACACACAGUGUUUGUGUUUCGUUGCGCUGUACCAAAGAAUAUUUUGCAAUAAUGUCUCUCCUAGGUUUAGCUUUGGUCGAUUGUACACACAAGGUUCAGAUGACAUUGAGCCGUUGUUUUAAAAAUAAAACUUGUUGUGUUUGCACGUUAUUGUGAUGCUGUCGAGCCGGUUAUCGUUUGUUUUUGGCAGCUUCAUCGCAAAGUUAUUGUAAAUAAGUGUAAUGAGGUGAGUUAGUUUGGUAUGGACAGUGAAAAACAAAUCCUAGUGAGUUAAAUUUUCUAUGUUGAUUUAUGUACAUUGUUACGUAUUUUCCAAGAAUAAAGUAACCAAGAUUUUUACACAAUGUCGAAAUACCUUUUAUACAAAACGAUAGUUUUUCGAUAUAACUGUGUGGCCUAUAAAGACUCAAUCAAUAUGUUCGAGAAAUUUUUGUUUCUGUCCAGUUUUAUGUGAUGACGCUAGGGAUGAAGUAGGUGCUUCAAUUACGUGGUCCAGUACCUUUUUAUCUUUAUUUUAUCCUAAAUACAUCCGCAUUAGUAAUCAUUUGGGCAUUUUUUAUCACAGUUAAAAUUAAUUUUUCCUAACCGUACAUAUUUUAGAAAAUAUUCUCGCAUAAAAUGAUUUUUCUCAGACCACAAACAUGAAAAUAAACAUAACACAUGAGUGUCUUAUUAACUUGAAUAAUGUCUAUACUAAAUAUACUUAGAUUGUUUUAUUGUUUCAACAAAGAUGUACUUUAAUGCCAAAAUAUAAUUAUCAAAUAGAACUAUUAAUUCUGUAGACAAAAGCAUUAUAAUCUUAGGUUAUUUUGGGAUGAUGAAGGGUGGCCUGUUUUUUCCAGUGUUUUCUAUACAUCUUGUGGUCAAUAUUCUUUAUUUUUUCUAUUUUCUUGUCAAUAUUCUUGGCAGGUACUCGAAUAAUGCCUUCUGCUGGAUGGGAGGCAUUUAGACAUUUUAUUACUCAGUCAUUUUUAUUCAGUACGUGAACCUACCGAAACGGUCAGGUGUAAAAGUUAGGUAUAAAUUCACAUAAAAGGACAUUUCAUCUGGGUAUUCCAAGCUGAACAACAUUAGGGUUUCCUAUAUUAUUUUUUAUAUAGAUUGUGGCACACAGAGUCUUACAGUUUGAUAGGAAAUGCUAGCAUUUUUGUAAUGCCUAAUGCCCGUAUAGAAUGACCACAAGAUUCCAACAUUCAUAAAUAAGGCCAGCUCUGAUAUUUAACUGCAAAAAUAGAUAUCGAUAAAAAACUGAUAUCAUUGUAAAGUUGCGUAACUAUUUUGUGUUUACUGUUAAAAGUUACUAUUGCUUAAACCUUAUUUUUCUUCUUGUACGUAAUGUAUUCCUAAUGAUGAAUCGUUUAAAAAAGUUAUUUUUACAAUCAAAAUUAUCUUUAUAAAAAUAUUAGCCACAGCAUAUUAUAAUCAUCGAAAUCCAUAAUCUUUAGGUAAAUAAAUAUUUUUUGUUUUAUGAUUAUUGUAUUGAUCUCGUAACGGUUGUAAAAGUUUAGUUUAUACAUCACUUUUCCUAUUGUAUUCAUUAUAAAAAACAUUUUGGAUUAUUAUGGUUGAUUCUUAGGUCUUUCUUCAAGCAGCUAUUUUGUGUACUAUUACAAAAUUGUAUAACAUCCAAAUUAUCUUUAUUACGACUUGAAAAAAAUAUAGUUUUACUUUUUAUACUAUAUUUUUAACUAAAAAUUAAGAGUCAACUGAAGUAUAUAGUGAUGUGAUUAACAAUAUUAUUAACAUAUUGAAUAACCUUAUUUGACACAUGUGCAAAUCUAGUGCAUAUUAUUAUGAUAUAUUUGUAGAUUAAGUUUAUUAUUUAUUUGCUAAUUUUGGGAGAAGGCACAUCUUAAAAAAGGUUCUUGUUUAUCGUGCAUUCAAGCUAUUGAUGUUUCCCGAUUUUCUAUAAAUAAACUUACUAAGCAUUUUAUAAAAUGUGAUGUGUGAUAUUGUCAUUUUGAGGUUCAAUUACUGCUCAGCAAUUCAAGAUUGUUGUUGCAACUGAUUCUUUGUUUGUUCAAUUCAACAUUUAUUUGAUUAUCAUUUUAGGCUAGCGCAAAGAAAGAUUUUGCAGGUACCUAAGAACUGAUUCUUUUUUAACAUCACAAAAACAUCAUUAUAAAACGAAACUACAUUUAAGCGAUCCUAGAAAUCUCUACAGAAACCUUGAGAAAGUGUAGCAAGGUGCGAAACAUUAAACUGUUUUUUUAACUUUUGUAGUUAAAAAAAGAUACACAAAAAAUUCUAUAAGAAAAUAUGAUUUACAUUGAUUUUAUAUUGAAUUAAUGAAAGCAAUAAUUAUUGAAAGCAUCUAAAGUUAUCGAAAAGAAAGCAACAGCAUUUUUUGAACAAAACUCUAUGUUUUACCUGUAGUAUAGUGAAUGUUUCUGUAUAGUUUAUUAUAGGCGCCACUGUACUUUAUUACCAAAACUCAUACACUCUAUUCUAUGGCUUUUUUAAAUUUUUAGUUAGAAAUUCUUUUAAGCAGGGAUAAACUUCAGCUAGCUUUUCUGAAGAACUAAAGUGUGAGGUACACAAUUAAAUGUGACAAAACAUAACACUGGUAUUUAGUUCUAAUAUGACUUCUUCAGAGAUUAGGUUUAAUCCAUCUGCUCUCUUAAGAAAUUCUUCAUAAAGUGAUCCGAAUAUUAGUGUUAUAUUUGUAACCUGUUAUUGUGUCUAUAUUAGCUUUAACUCUAACUAGGCAACCUAGCAAAAUUCUGUCCUGCCAAAAAUCCGUAACAGCCCCUUUGGCUUUUCUUAAAACAUUUUCAUUUAGUUUCCCAAUAGCCUCUUUCUCACAAAUAUCCAUUAUCCAAUCAUUUUCUUAUUUUCCAAAUCUAUCUAAAAUAUUACUUGAUAUCUCAAAUGACAAUAUGAGCUGUGCGGCUGUGAGAUAGAUGUGCCUUCUGCCAGUUAUGUUCGGUUAGUCAGACUGCACAUAUCGAGAUGUCGAAGGUGCCAUGGCGGAGAUGUGAUUUAGUCAUAAGCAAUCAGCGGCGCCACUGUACAUAUGAAUAUUGUUUUUAUCUUAGUUUGUAGCAACAUUAAUGAAUAAACGUAACUGAUGUGUU